AUGGUUCCAAACAAGGACCUUCCGCUGAUAAGGCGACCUUGUAAUCUGGGGCUUUGUAAAGAGAAGGAGCAAAAAAUGGAAAUACUAAAGUUGAACAAUGGUCAUUCUAUUCCAGUUAUUGGUCUUGGAACAUGGAAUAGUCCACCAAAAGAGGUUGGCGCAGCUGUACAAAAAUCUAUUGAAGUUGGAUAUCGUCAUAUUGAUUGUGCUUAUAUCUAUAAAAAUGAAGUUGAAAUCGGUAUAGCUUUACAGGAGGCAAUGAAAAAUAUGCAUAUAAAACGGAGUGAAUUAUUUAUCACCUCUAAAUUAUGGCACACGUGUCAUCGUCCAGAAAAUGUAAAGAAAGCAUGUGAAAAGUCAUUGAAAGAUCUGCAACUUGACUAUUUGGAUUUAUAUUUAAUUCAUUUUCCGGUUUCAUUUCAAGCUGGCGAAGUUGAUUUCCCUACGGAUGAAAAUAAUAAUCCUAUUUUUGACACAGUUCCACUUGAAGAUACUUGGAAGGCUAUGGAGAUGUUGGUUGAUGAAGGUUUGGUGAAGUCAAUUGGCCUUUCAAAUUUCAAUAAACAACAAAUUGAAAAUAUCCUUAAACAUUGUCGAAUUAAACCAGCCAAUUUACAGAUUGAAAUUCAUGCAAGUUUUCCAAAUAUUAAAUUGGUUGAGUAUGCACAAUCCGUUGGUAUGACUGUCACCGCCUAUGCACCUUUGGGUUCACCUGCUCGUUCACCUAAAUCAGGAAAUUUAAUAACUGAACCAUGGGUUAUUUCAAUUGGUGAAAAGUAUGGCAAGACAUCAGCACAAGUUUUAUUACGUUAUCUUAUUCAACGUGGAUUAAUCGUUGUCCCUAAAUCGGUUACACCUAGUAGAAUUGAAGAAAAUUUUCAGAUUUUUGAUUUUAAAUUGACGAAUGAUGAAAUGGAAAAGUUAACUACAAAUGGAUUAAAUGAGCGUAAAUUUCGAAUGCUUGGAAUGACCGCUCAUCCUGAAUAUCCGUUCAACGAAGAAUAUUAA